ACACAGCCCGACUGCAAUCAUUACAUUCGAGCAAGUACAAAUUGGUCAAUCUCGGUUUUACAUGUACAAAACUUACCGCAUAUCAUGUGGCUCACUGCAUAUUUCGAAGAACUAUGAAAACAUUUCCUUUACCAAAUAGCGUUAAUCCUGUCUUUUACCGAACUGCAAUUAUUCCCAGAAAGACAAAUAUCUUGAUAGCUGGAUUACGAUACUAACAUUUUCACAAUAUCCUGGAAUAUUAUUAUCGUUGUACUGACCGGCUUCCCCGCAAAAUUUGCUCUAUGUACAACACACCGAGACGAUGAUUCUUUCAGUCAGAGCCUCGCAGCUCUACCACACCCUCCUUAUAUCGUGUUGUACAAUCAUCAUCCACACGGCACUCUUCGCCGACGGACAGGUGACAUGGAGACGGGUGAUAUGGCGCAAUGAGCCCGUUAGUUAUCCCGAUGAGUUCCCUGUCGCACCCAAGCAGCUAUCGGUGAAAAUCGAGAUGGUCCUGCCGGAAGACAAACUGGUGGAGAGUUACAUGUUCUGGGAUGAGGAGCUGAAUCUGACACGUUAUGAUUUUGCACUGGGUCGCAUUAUGGCGCCCUUUAAUAUGACACGGCCGAUGAAAACGAUCCACGAUUUCGGCAACGGUAUUGCAUUUUUCAUUGACGGAACACUGACCAACUGUUCGAUGUAUCCAUUGGGAUACCUGCUAACCGACCAGAACGCAACAAAUACCCCCGACUUCCGCUAUCCGCGUCGCUACAUUUCAUCUGGCAAUAUUACACUGCACCACUUGUUGCGCACUAUCCAUCCCAAGCAGCUCUUCUCCAUGGACAACAGCACGCGAGUUUUAAAUAAAACCACGGAAAUCAUUCGGGGAAUACCAUGCGACGUCUGGGAGGUCACGGUGGAUAAGUACUACGUACCCGGUUACGGCGUGGUCAAGACAUUCCACCGCCUGUACUAUAUGUCCAAGGAGUUCGCACGCUAUCUGGUCGGUGAAGUGCCCUACCGCAUUCCCGUGCAGCGUGCCAUCUUUUUGGUGUCGUCCAUUGGGAGUCUGACCGCGCCGGCCCGUACACCGCGGAUUAUCUUAAAUUUCUUUGAUUUCACGGUGCCCACCGUGCCGACCGUCUACGAUUUUAGCAUCUCCAGCUGUAUUCCAAAAGGAAAACUGGAAACACGGGAAAGUAUUCAGAUUCGCUUUCCUGGCAAUUUUACCGGACUGCGGGCCGAUCAAUUCAUUCAACCUUUCCGGAAGAAGGUUUUGCAACGUAUCGUGAAAAUCGGGGAUAUCAGUCCUGUGCGCGCUAUAGGUAUGUAUUUCAGCCAGGACACCACCAGCAUGUACAUCACCGCCACUAUUUUGCCCCGCCCACCUGUCCUGCUGCAUUAUACGCUGAUCCAGAACGGUGUAGCGCAGAGCGUCACCCGGCUGCCCAACAGUGAGUUCUUCUCCUCGGCCCACGAGCAGCUCAGUAGUUGUGCCGCAAACUGCGACCGCCAGAACGACAACUGUAAUAAGUUCGGUUGGUGUGCCCGGCAAAACGGAGACGACAAGAGUUCAUUACGACGCUGCAUCCUUGCCUUCGAGAGUCCCCGUGUGGCACCCGCGCUGCCCGCACCGGGAUCGGAUUUGUUUGUUUGCGAUGUAUAUCAGCGAAUAAUUAAUUCAUCCACGUACGACGGAGGAGUGCUGGAAACGCUGUUCAAAGUUUUGGUGGACAUUCAAGCCGGAAAUUUUACGAUUAGUGUGGCCAACAAUGUGACUGGGGUCAAUGUUAGUGCGGAAGACAUGCGCACAGAUGUUUCUUUGCACGACGACAGUAUUACCCCGACAGCAACGGAUUCGAGAACAUCCUUUGAUUUCUACAAAGGUCACGCCAUGAUCGUUAAUGCGGGUGUUAAGGAUUCGUUUUCAAAAUUAUCCCCAGCUGAGUGCCGACAGCAUUGUCUGGAUGAGAAACGUUUCGUGUGUCAAUCCGUUGCCUCGUGUGCAUAUGGGGAUUGUGUCGUGUCCCAUUUACACGGAGAUGAACUGCUCAAUACCAUCAGCGGCAAACCCAGCAUCAGCGCACAUUCCCAUUGUGCCAUUUGGACGCGCACAUGGAAAGGCAUGUUCACCUUGGCUAGCUUACUCGUGCCCAAAUCGCCUCCAGAUAUGGUGAUAACCAGUGUGAGCAAUGAGGACACCUGUGCAAAAGAAUGUCUGUUUGGAAAUAUGACAUGUGAAUCGUUUUCGUUCUGUUCCACGAGCGUGCAAGCGGGUUCUGGUUCUACUGUCUCCAGUUUGUCCAUCGGUAGCAGCCGGAAAACCACCGGGAAAUUUCAACACGAAUGCCAGCUAUUUAAAAGUCACGCAUUCGACGUAAUGCACGACGAAAGGGAGUACAAACCGGGUUGCUGGCAUUUGAGCCGCAAUUAUGUCAAUGAUUUCGAAAUCGCGCCCGGAUAUGAACUGUUUAUUGCGGGUGAUACGGAAAUAAUUCAGCGCGAGAUUGAACCAGCUCUGGAGCGCUGGCAUUGCGCUCAGGAGUGCAUCCGUCAGCUGGGAGAUGAUGGAUGUUUGGCGUUUGAUAUCUGUGAUGAUCUGGCGGCCUUAACGGAUGACAUUAUUAGCGGAGCAGCUAAUUAUUCCGAUAUCGUGUCUUCCACGUCGGUGCGCUGUCGAUACAUCGUCAAUUUACUUGUUUCUGUAGGAAAAACAUACUUGGAUGGCACCAUGAUUAAUCCUAAAACUGUAGCGGCAACGAAUUCCAAGCGUGACGUUCCGUCAUUGCAAAUUCCACCGGAAAUGCGACAGACCCCGGGACUGCUCGUGGCGCCGAGUAAGCCUGGCUAUUCUAUAUCGGAAAUGGCCGGUCUGGCCGUAGGCAUGUUGAUCAUCGGCGUAGUAGCCACUUCCGUUUGCUUCGCACUGUGGCGCCGCUCGCCCAAUUCACCCGGGGUGACCUUUACGAGAGAUAUUCCAUUUGUUCGUUUUUCAUAAAGAUUAUUCUGUAAUGUACGUCAUACUGUUAUACGGCUGUAUUCAGCUUUUUCCUGCUCUCAUUAACGCACCGUUUUCGGCACAACAGUGCAAGUAAAUAUGUACAAUGACCAU